CAUGUGUACCACGUAGAGGGGCUAACGACUUUAUCUAAUACUAGGCAAUACAACACUAGAAGCUCCAAACUCUCCAACACAACUCAGAUAAGAAAAUCGCUUCCAAAACCCAUGAGAACGAUUCUAGAACAUGUUUACAUAGCAAAAACUAUUGCAUUUACCCAUUUACUCGCCAGAACACGCCACGGCUUCCUAGAAAAAGUAGCAUCCUUCCCUCCUUCCGUUCAACCAAGCCAAAGGAUUGCAUUUGCAUAGUCCCGAUUUUUGGGUCCGGGAGAAGCAGGAUAUGAACGUACUGGAUAUGCACCGGUAUAACCAAGAGAAACAGGGUGAACCGACCGAGGUGAGAGUUCAAGACACGUGAUGCGGGUGUCUGAGAUUGUUCUCGCGACCCAAGGAGGCAGAACUGAUCAAGACUCUCAAACCAGGACAUUAUCCUUCUCCUCUCCGUUCCAUCCAUCCUUCCCCACUUCCUUCCUUGUGUCCAAGUGAUCCCUCCAGGUUGUUCAAGCACGCAAUGCAUGGCCGACCAUCAUCAACAACCGUGGCCGCGCCUUCAGCAAAGCAAAGCACAAAGCAGAGCACAGGGAUGGAAGGGGCUGAACCAGGCCACCAAGCCAUAGUACUACACACAUGCCCACCCAGUGGUACGUACGUACGUACGUACUACGGAUGAAAUGAACAACCAGUACAUGUGAGACUGAAGAGUCCCUUCUCCCGGUUCCCUUUGUGGAAGCGAACUGGAUAUUCGGCUAGUGUGUUUCUUGCUAUCCAGGAGAGGUAUCGGCUUCAGUUUGAAUUUGGUACCAGAACUGGUCACAUCGCUGCCUGAAAGUUGCAAGUCAGGAACUGCCGAGGGCCGUGAAGAAGUGAAAACGAAAGUGAGCACGACGCCCCCAAGAAGGGCAUCCGUCCGUAGUCAACCCCCGCAUACGCACACACACUCACUUACACACUUGAUUUCUCUCGCUCAAAUUUCUCUCGCCGAGGAGAGGAGUAGGACGUUUCAAAAUACAAAUACACAAAUAUCUUGGGCUUCGCCUGACCAUGAAGUUCGUUUCGAGUGUUGGAUUGGCUUUGGUUCUAACUAUCGUUGUGGUGAGCGCUAGUAAAGGAUUAAGUGACUACAACACAGUGAAUGGUCACAACAAGCAAGUGGUUUGCUAUUGGGGCACAUGGGCCACAUACAGGCCCAAAGAUGGAAAAUUCACGCCAGACGAUAUCGAUCCGGCUUUGUGCACGAAUCUGAUCUACAGUUUCGCCGGUCUGGAUGCCGAAACUUCCUCCAUUAAAUCCCUGGACCCUUGGAUGGAUUUGGAGGAGAACUACGGCUUGGCUGGAUUCCGAAAAGCCACGGAACUGAAGCAUGCCUAUCCUAACCUGAAAGUGACUUUAGCUAUUGGUGGAUGGAACGAGGGCAGCAAGAAGUAUUCUGAUCUAGCCGCAGAUCCUGAGAAGCGAAAAGUGUUCGUUCAAAGUGUGGUUGAGUUCUUGCAGCAACAUAACUUUGAUGGACUCGAUCUUGAUUGGGAGUAUCCAGCCAAGAGAGGAGGAAUCGCCGAGGACAAAAACAACUUCAUCGAUCUCAUCCGUGAUUUGAAAGCCGCGUUUGAAAGCCACAACUAUUUGCUCACUGCGGCCAUUGGAGCAGCUGCGGCCACCAUCGACAUUUCCUACGACAUUCCUCUCAUGUACAAAUACCUCGACUUUGUCCACAUCAUGUGCUACGAUUAUCACGGUAAAUGGGAUCGAGUUGCCGGACACAACAGUCCUUUGUUCAGUCGGGCCGGCGAAACUGGUCUUGAUCUCACCUUGAACGUGGACUACACCAUCAAAUACCUAAUGAAGAAGGGUGCUAUUGCCGAGAAGACGGUCAUGGGUGUGCCAUUCUAUGGGCGUGCAUUCACUUUGAUGAAUCCUCAUGACCACGAUCUUGGCUCGAAGACCAAGACCACGUCUUUCCAAGGUCCUUAUACCCGAGAGGAUGGGUUCCUGGGCUAUAACGAGAUCUGUGAAGAGCUCAUGGAGCAGGAUAACCCUUGGACUACCGUAUGGAACGAGGAACACAAAGCUCCUCAUAUGUACAAGGAUACAAAGUGGGUUAGUUACGACAACGAGGAGUCGAUCCGUGUGAAGUCUGAAUACGCCUAUGACAAUAACUUGGCCGGAGUCAUGAUCUGGUCGAUUGACACGGAUGACUUCCGAGGGAAUUGCGGUGGUCCGAGAUUCCCGUUGCUUCGUACUAUCAACAAGGCUCUUUACAAAAGGUCAGAAGGAUUAAGUGCAGCCACAAGUGUGUCUAGUGUGAGUGCUCUAGUGUUGACUUCUUUCGUUUUUUCCGUCUACUCUCUAUUCCAACUGUGAUUCAAGCUUCUCUUUUUGUUAAACAUUCUCGAUUACGAGGACCAAUCGUCAAACCACAAUUGAUUUCUCAGAAGAUGAAAAAAGAGACACUAUUACAUUGCCACAUUUUUACAUCUCACUUUGGUCUUGUUUUUUAAAUUGUCAAGGUUGACAGCUUUUCUCAUCAAAAUGUCAACCAUGAGUUCGCGAAAAACGCAAAAAAAACUGCCGAGGUUACAUUCAGAAACAGACUUCCAAACGUCUCUCAUAUUCGCUAUAAAUAAGUACAGUGAUACAUAUAACAAUAAAUGGAAGAAGCGACUCA